AUGUCCGAUAAUGAACCAAGUCGUCUUCGUACCGGGGAGUUGGAAAUUGGCUACACAGAAGCAGUAGAGCGUCAUGCAAAGAGACACGUCGUGGCACCCAAGCCUGUAUCGCAACGCAAACUAGACUUCGAAAACGCAAGGCCGAGGUGGAUGAGAGAAAUGGCUGCGGAGGCUAUGGGAGUGUUCUUUUUCGUUUAUCCGGGAAUUGCAUCAUGUGCAUCAUUCUUUCUGAAUCCUGGAGACCCAGGGCUAGGAUCAGUCUUUCAAAUUGGUUGGGCCUUUGCCAUUGGUAUUGCUUUCGCUAUCAUAACUUGUGGAAGUACUUCUGGAGGACAUUUCAAUGCAGCAGUAACGAUAUCUUGUGCCGUUUGGCUAGGUGCACGUCUUCGUCUUGCUAAUCCGUCUCAGUUCCCUUGGAAAAAGGUUCCUCAAUAUAUCUUCGCUCAAGUCUUCGGUUCUUUCAUGGCAGCCAUGCUUUUAGUUGGACAAUACUAUCCACAGCUGAUGGAACUUGCUGCGGAGUAUCGUGCUAAAGGCUUGAGUCUCAAUUCACCAGGCGGGCCAGGAAGCAUUCUUUGCUCUUUUCCUGGAGCAUCACAAUCAUAUGGAUAUUUGUUCUUCAUUGAAUUUUUCGCCGACGUCUUCGUGGGAAUUGUGAUUUGGGCUUGCCUUGACCCUAUGAAUCCAUUUGUGUCUGCAUCUGCGGUACCUUGGGUUAUUGGACUAGGUUAUGCAACAAUGAUCUGGGGUUUUGCGGAUGUAACGAUAGAGCUUAAUUCAUCUCGUGACUUGGGCGCUCGCAUCGUUGCAGCCAUAUUUUUUGGAGGCGAUGCUUUCUCGCUCUAUUCAUUGAUACCCAUUCUCACGAGUAUACCUGCCAUGCUUUUUGGAACAGCAUUGUAUGAGAUGAUUCAACGCGAUAGCUUUGGAGUUAUAGCCAAGGGUCAUAAUGUACACGAGAAAGGAGAAGAGGGUAUCAUGCAACACUUAUCCAAGAACGGUGCUCUUGGUGGAAGUGCCAGUACCUCGGGCAUGAGUAUAGACAGUGAAGUAUGGGAUAAUGGGAGAAAGAAUGAUUCUGCUGUAUGA